CUUUUUGUCUUCUCUCUCGUGUAGACCCUCUCUUUCCUUCUUCGUCUUUCAUAACAUCAUCAUUCAUCACUCUCAAAUCUCAAAAUACAAUAACAGACAGACAAACACCUUCCCAAUUUUUGUCUGUCCUUCGAUCUCAAUUGAAGAACCCUAAUCAAUCAGAUCUCUCAGUUUCAAUCCCCUUUAUUUGUAAGAUGUCGUCCACGUAUGGAACUCGUAUGACCACCUUCGAGGAUUCUGAGAAGGAGAGCGAGUAUGGCUACGUUCGUAAGGUAUCAGGACCUGUUGUCGUUGCUGAUGGAAUGGCCGGUGCUGCUAUGUAUGAAUUGGUUCGUGUUGGGCAUGACAAUCUUAUUGGAGAAAUUAUCCGAUUAGAAGGAGAUUCUGCCACCAUCCAAGUUUACGAAGAAACUGGUGGUUUGAUGGUCAAUGAUCCUGUUCUUCGAACUCACAAGCCAUUAUCAGUUGAACUUGGACCUGGAAUUUUGGGGAACAUAUUUGAUGGUAUUCAGAGACCGCUGAAAACUAUUGCCAUAAAGUCUGGUGAUGUCUACAUACCUCGUGGUGUAGCUGUGCCACCUCUCGAUAAAGACAUUCUGUGGGACUUCCAACCUAAGAAAUUAGGUGAAGGGGAUCUUUUGACUGGUGGAGACUUAUAUGCUAUUGUGGAUGAGAACAGUUUGAUGAAGCAUCACGUAGCUCUCCCACCUGAUGCAAUGGGGAAAAUUACUUAUAUUGCUCCUCCAGGGCAGUACUCUCUGCAGGAUACUGUCCUGGAACUUGAGUUUCAAGGUGUGGUGAAGAAGUUUAGCAUGCUUCAGACUUGGCCUGUCCGUACACCAAGACCUGUUUCAUCAAAACUUGCUGCUGACACCCCUCUACUAACCGGACAGCGUGUUCUUGAUGCUCUUUUCCCCUCUGUUCUUGGCGGAACUUGUGCCAUUCCUGGGGCUUUUGGCUGUGGAAAAACUGUCAUUAGUCAAGCACUUUCAAAGUACUCUAACUCUGAUGCUGUGGUUUAUGUUGGAUGUGGAGAGAGAGGAAAUGAGAUGGCUGAGGUUCUCAUGGAUUUCCCUCAACUUACGAUGACAUUGCCUGAUGGACGUGAGGAAUCCGUAAUGAAAAGAACAACACUUGUAGCGAAUACAUCUAACAUGCCUGUGGCUGCACGUGAGGCAUCCAUUUACACAGGUAUUACUAUAGCCGAAUAUUUUAGAGAUAUGGGGUACAAUGUUAGUAUGAUGGCGGACUCAACGUCUCGAUGGGCCGAAGCUCUUCGUGAAAUUUCAGGACGAUUGGCAGAAAUGCCUGCUGAUAGUGGAUAUCCUGCUUAUUUGGCUGCCCGUUUAGCUUCAUUUUAUGAACGUGCUGGUAAAGUUAAAUGUCUUGGUGGUCCUGAGCGUACUGGUAGUGUAACAAUUGUUGGUGCAGUUUCUCCUCCUGGAGGAGAUUUCUCUGAUCCUGUCACAUCUGCUACUCUGAGUAUUGUCCAGGUUUUUUGGGGGUUGGAUAAGAAACUGGCUCAGAGGAAACAUUUCCCUUCUGUCAACUGGCUUAUUUCUUACUCAAAGUAUUCAACGGCUUUGGAAUCAUUUUAUGAGAAGUUCGACUCUGAGUUCAUUGAUAUUAGGACCAAAGCCCGUGAGGUGCUGCAGAGAGAAGAUGAUCUCAAUGAAAUUGUCCAGCUUGUCGGAAAAGAUGCUUUGGCUGAAACGGAUAAAAUCACUUUGGAUACUGCAAAGCUAUUGAGGGAAGACUACCUAGCACAAAAUGCUUUUACACCAUAUGACAAAUUUUGCCCAUUUUACAAGUCAGUCUGGAUGAUGCGCAAUAUUAUCCAUUUCUACGACUUGGCCAAUCAGGCUGUGGAGCGUGCUGCUGGAUCAGAUGGUCAAAAGAUUACCUACAGCUUGAUCAAGCUUCGUCUAGGAGAUCUAUUUUACCGCUUAGUGUCACAGAAAUUCGAGGAUCCUGCUGAAGGAGAAGAUGCUCUAAUAGCCAAAUUCAAGAAGCUAAACGAGGAUUUGACUGCUGCUUUCCGCAAUCUCGAGGAUGAAACUCGAUAAGAAGCUUGAAGCUGAUGUUCAAGUUUCAUAUAAGCAACAAAGUUCUUCCAAUAGGUUUGAGUUGCUUUUCCCCCUUGUACAAGAAAAGCUCGAUAUUUUUUCCCUUCCCGUCCUUGUAUGGAUGUAGUCUUGCAAUGUUUAUGGCUCUAUUUAUUAUUUCUGGUAUAGAAUAAGGUCCCUUUUACAUUUUAGGGCGAAAUAAACUCUUGUUCGAGUUUAUGUGAAUUAUGAGGCUGAGAAUUCGUUUUGCAGUUAUGCGAGUACCCCGGGGAUUUAGGCGUAGGGAUUCCAUUUGUAUUCUUAAUUUAUUUCCUUCAUACUGAUGAAGCUGGACUGGAUUUACCUUUGUAUUAUUGGUUGUACUAUUGUUUUUCUGCAACUCAUCAAUGGUUUUUACCAUGAAACAGUAUCUUUGCGUCUUUGAGCGCAAGUCGAAUGAAUUGUUUUUUCUUGA